GAUUAAAACCGAAUGUAAUUAAUAAAAUGUCAACUGUUUGAUGUCAACUUAGUUAACCUAAAAUUCCAUAUUUUGCGUAUAAUUCUUUUUUAUUUAAGCAUUUUACAAUGGAAGACACAUUGCCGUCGACGGUUGAGCAAGAAUUAUUGGGUAUAAAACAUUUAGUUUGGGGCGCAACCAUAAAAAAUGACGUUUUUAAAAGGUGGUCACAGGGUUUUUACUUCAGUGGCGGCGAGAAAAGUGCGUUGGAACAGGCGGAAGGGGGACCGUGUGCAGUCAUAGCACCAGUGCAGGCGUUUAUUCUAAAAAAUUUGCUCCUAGAUUUUAACGAUCUUUCAUUUAGAAAUGCAAUGACAGAAGAUUUGCAACACAAGUAUUUAAUUAACGCCUUAUGUGAGAUACUGAAACAGUGCAACGUGAAAAAGUACAUAAUAGCCAGCUUUAACAAAGCCAAAUGUAAGAGCAUAACGGACACAGGUUGCAGCACCAACAGGCUGAACGGUAAUGAGAAGGACGAGUUGCACUUUCUUGCCUCUGAGGUUUCCAAGACAUUCCAUGACAAUUUGCAGUUGUACAUUUUCACGAAAAUCGAAGACGUGGCCGUGUUUUUUAAGCAGAACAUUUGCAUUUUUAAAGAAACGUUUGGAGUACUUUUAUUUUUAUAUUCGGUGUUGGCAACCAGGGGCGUAGAUCUUGUCAAGUACGAGUCAGACACGACGGAGCCUUUUAUUGACGCGACUUAUGGGUAUGGGAGCCAGUCCCUUAUAAAUCUCAUGUUAACUGGGAGGGCAGUCACAUAUGUGUGGGAUAAUUAUCAAGAUGUGGGUGGUUUAAGGCUUAGGGGCUUGGAAAAGCAGAGCCAAGUGGGUUUUAUAACUCUCUUGGAGCAUUUGAGGUAUUGUACGGUAGGUUCUUUUUACAAAAAUCCGGUACACCCAGUAUGGAUUUUGGGUUCAGACACCCAUUUGUCGGUUUUGUUCAGCGACGAGAGGAAGCUUGUAAGCCCUGAAACGAAAAGCGAGAAAGCCCGACGGAUAUUCAAAACGUUCGACCCGGACGGUAACAAUUUCAUCAACGUUUCUAGCCUUCAGGAUGUCCUAGCUUCGUUAGAACUUGUUAGCGAACCCGAAUACGUGGACAUAAUGAGGAAAAAGUUAGACCCGGAGAACCUCGGCAUAAUCCUUUUGUGUUCGUUUAUGGACGAGUUUUUCCCCGUAGAGGAGAGAUCCACUCCCGACAUGUUUCCCCUUUAUCAUUACAACGGUUUGGCGCGGAGUAAUCUCAAAAAACAGGUCCAAUAUCAUGCAGGAUCGGCGAUAUUGCUGGAGUCGAAUCUCAAAUCGUAUAACGAAUCGGAUCCGAUGUUGACGUGUCUCCAGACGAAAUGGCCGAGCAUAGAAGUGAACUGGUUCGAAGGGGUUACACCGUCGUUAAAUUAGAACGGAAAACAAAAAAAAAAAAGA